AAAUAUCAAGUCCACGUUAUAGUAAUAAAAUUUAUCAGCUUUGUUUGUAUAAAACACUGCAACGUGAAAAUCUAAAUCGACCGCGCAAAUGUCAAAAAAAAGAAAAAAAUAUACAUAUAUUUAAAUAUCGUAAAUUUAGUUUUGUUUUCCGAGAUGAUUUAUCUAAGCGUUAAAAUAAAUAUAUAGUGUUAUUGUGAUAUUUAAAUAGGGUAAAAAAAUUACAAGUUUAAAUUUUUGAUUUAAAAAUGGAUGGUAGUUUUAAAAAAAAUUCGUCACCAGAAACUUUUGGUGAUGAAAAAAUGCCACCCUGGUUAUUAGAGAUGACUGAAAACGCGAGGAAAUUAAGCCAAGAAAAUUUAAUUUCGUUGCCUACGGAAUUGAAUUUAAAAGAAUCAUCAGUUAAUAAAAAUAACGAAAAGCGACGUAGUGGUCGACGAGCUCAGACGGUAGAAAAAAAUGAUAAAAAAAAAAGUGAAGUUACUCGUAAAGGAACAAAUUGUGUGUCGGCAUCAUUACUGGAAACCCGCAGUAAAUUUAAUAAACCUCCAGCGACGUCAAAUAUUUCUCUACAUGAGUUCAAAGACAGUGACAAAGAUUUAGAUUACACGUUAGCAGACUUUGGUAAAUCAUCAGCGGAUCAAACUUAUGACCCAAUUAAUUUAUUCGCUGAGGAACGCAAGCCAUCAAUUGAUUCCUUCCUGUCAAGUCAAUUUAAAGAAUUAAAUCUCGGGGACUUGGAGUCACUUGACGUUGGAGAGGCAUCAGGUGUAAAUAGUAAAAUAAAUAAUUUAUUCAAUAGAGAUACUGAUAAUUCUCCUAAAGGCAAAAAUGAACAGGAUUUCAUAAUACCAGAAUUACCAUCCGGGGAGUCACUGACAAUAGAUAUUUUAAGUACGUGGGGUGAUAAGAAUUUUGUUGGACUCAAUGGUAUUGAAAUAUUUUCCUCAACCGGCAAAACUCCGAUAGUAAAAAAAAUUUCAAGUGAUUGCAGCAACGCCGCUAUUGAAAAUCCAGAAGAUAAAAAUAAUCCGAUUGAUAAUUUGAUAAAUGGAGUUUAUCGUACGAAAAAUGAUUCAGAUAUAUGGCUGAUACCAUUUCACAAAGGAGAUCAUCAUUGUAUACAUAUGACAUUUGCUGAGAGUAUUAAAAUUGGUUUAAUAAGGAUAUGGAAUUAUAAUAAAUCAAGAAUACAUUCUUAUCAAGGUGCCAAACAUGUUGUUAUUAAAUUAGACAAUAUUAUUAUUUUUGACGGGGAAAUCGCACGUGCAUCUGGUGAUAUUACGGGAGAUAUUAAUACAUUUGGAGAUACUAUUUUAUUUACAACCGAUGAGGAAAUACUCGAAUUAAUAUCAGAAAAUGACAAAAACUUUGAUGAUUGUCAAGACAAUUCUAGUGAAGAAAUAGAAAUAAAUCGGCCUAUUACCGCAGCUACUGAUACAAUAAACGAACUACACAUUAGUCACUCGGACGAGCAACUUAAUUUAACUGGGAGUAGUGAUAAAAAUAUAUCUAUUGCAUGUAAAGAAAUUAAAUUAUUUUUAUUGUCUAAUUGGAAUUCUAAUGAUAUGAUUGGUUUAAACGGAGUAGAAAUAAUAAAUGACAAAGGCUUAAUUAUUCCAGCAUCACAAUUAUCAAUAAAUUGCAAUAUUAAUAAUAGUAAUGAAGAAAUUUCACAUCUUGUAGAUGGAAUAAAUUUAACUACAGAUCCACAGCACAUGUGGAUAAUAAAUAAUCAAUCAGAAUUAAUAGUCACCAUUACAAUAACAUUUAAUACGGAAUUAUUUAUCACUGGAUUAAUUAUUUGGAAUUAUAAUUAUUCACUAGAAUCAUCAUACUGCGGAGUGAAGCAGUUGCUUGUAGAAUUGGAUGGAAAAAAAUUAUUUGACGAUGACUUUGAAGGAUUUUUACUAAGACGAGCACCCGGGUCAUGUCAUUACAAUUUUUCACAAGAAAUAAAUUUCAUUAAUCGGCCAAAAAUAUCUAUUUGUAAAAACUACAGUACACCUCGUGAAAAGAAAACAGAAGAUAAAUUUAAUAUCAUAAAAUUAUCAAAAGAUCCUUAUAAUUAUGACUACGAAUCACCGCCGGUACCUCAAGGUUUCGUUUAUCAAAUAGUUAUUUUUUCAACGUGGGGUGAUGCUUACUAUGUCGGGUUAAAUGGAAUAGAGUUAUUUGAUACCGACAAACAUAAAAUAAAUUUGAAUAAAAAAAACAUUACAGCAUAUCCAGAGAGUGUAAAUGUUAUUGAAGGUAUCGAAAACGAUAUCAGGACACCGGAUAAAUUAGUAGAUGAUAUAAAUGAUUGCAAAGACGGACAUCAUUCAUGGCUAGCUCCGAUUUUACCUGGACAAAUAAAUCGUAUUUAUAUGAUAUUUAAUGAUCCGGUUACUGUAUCAAUGAUCAGAAUAUGGAAUUAUUCAAAAACAAUUGAAAGAAAAGUCAAAGAAUUCGGAAUUUUUGUUGAUGAUCUACUGGUUUACAAUGGAAUGCUAGGAGAGAAUGACACUUACGGGACUGUCUACUUUAGCAGCAAUAAUUAUCGAGAACCAUGCGGACAAAUCACUAAAUCAACGUCAGAUCAAGAAAUAAAUUUAUUGAAUUUAGAAAAAGUUACCGAAGAUGAAAAUUCACAACCAGACCAAUUGCUACGACCCUAUACCUCAUUGCUGCCAAAAAAUUUACGCAAUUCUGUACAAUAAAACAAAAUUGUCAUUUUUUAUACAAAUAAUAUUUUUAUUAUCGCAAUCACUUUUACUUUAACUUAUUAUUUAUAUCAUUAAAAACAAUCACAG